GUUGUUCAAUCAUAUCUCAAGCGAUGGGCUGCUCACACGUCGAGAAAGUCACAGCGAGCUUGAAGCCGCCAGGACCAUCUCAACAGGUUCACCGUGAAGAGUGCACUCUCUGCUUCGACGGUCAGGAUGAUACAGAGGGAGUGGUGGUAUGUCUGCAAUGCUUCAAUGGAGGAUGUUUCGGAGAGGGCAGACGGCAUGCGCUGCUGCAUUACGAAAAGACCAAGCAUCCUCUAGGCGUGGUCAUUAAGCGAACGAGGAAAGAACCCAAGCGGAGGGACUCUGAAGAACCACCAGUGAAGAAACUAGCAAUCGCCGCGCCGAGCGAUGAGGAGCUCUACGAAUACACCACGUCUUUGCGAUGCUUCGGCUGUUCCGCGUACGGCGAACCGAUAUCGACGGACGACAAGACGGUGGCGAAUACCAUUGCAGGGAUCAUGUCGGCUUUGUCGUCUGCUCAGCAGUCCGAAGUGAAAGCCUGGGAAGAGGAGAUCCUAGCUUGUGAACAUACUUUGACUCUGGACCAGGAUAUGACCCAGUUCCCAGGAUACAUCGCUACGAAGUGUGACCACUGCGAUCUGACCAACAAUUUAUGGCUCUGUCUCAUCUGUGGGCAUGUCAAUUGUGGACGACAACAAUUUGGAGGUGUCGGUGGCAAUGGGCAUGCUCUGCAACACUUUGCCGAGACUGGGCAUAGUGUGGGUGUCAAGCUGGGGACCAUCACACCAGAAGGGAUGGGAGAUAUCUACUGCUACUCUUGUGAUGAUGCUAAACUCGAUCCGUCACUCCCGUUCCACCUCAGCACAUUUGGCAUGCAGGUCAUGGACUUGUCCAAAACUGAAAAAUCAAUGACGGAGCUGCAACUCGAACAUAAUCUCAAGUUUGACUUUUCAAUGACAGGUGAAGAUGGACGAGAGCUUGAACCGGUGUUUGGCAAAGGCAUGACUGGGUUGAAGAACCUGGGGAAUAGCUGCUAUAUGGCAUCAGUGAUGCAGACGCUCUUCUCCCUCCCCUCGUUCCGCGAACGAUACUACACCGAUGCAGCGUUCUCACACCUCCAAACAUGCGACAACCCUCUGCCCGCCUCCUGUCUCGAAUGUCAGAUGCUGAAGCUCUCUGAUGGACUAAUUUCUGGGAGGUACUCUCAUCGCGCCACGGCUCCACCCGCCACAGAUUUUGAACAGGAGGCGCCUCGGUUUCAGGAAGGUAUCCGACCCAGCCAAUUCAAAGCGCUCAUUGGAAAGGGGCACGAAGAGUUCUCCACGAUGAGGCAACAGGAUUCGGAGGAGUUCUUACAGCAUCUCCUGACGCGCUUAAGGGCGGAGGCCAAACGACAGGGUCGAAACGAAGAGCUUGAAUCGACCAACAUUGUCAAGUUCGGUAUGGAGCAGAGACUGCAGUGUGGGGAAUGUAGACGAGUCGGGUACCGAGUCGAUGCGGUGGACCUAGCUAGCUUGCCAGUUGAGGCAGAGGAGAACGGAGUGGGCGAGGAGGGGAAGAAGCUUUGGAAGCCGGUAGAGCUGGAGGCAUGUCUCAAUGCGCUGUGUGCGCCGGAGGAGCUAUCAGACUAUGCUUGCUCAAAUUGUGGGCGCAAAGUACGGGCGGAAAAGUCCACCAAAUUCAAGACCUUUCCGGAUCUCCUGAUCUUGCAUAUGAAAAAGUUCCAGCUCGUCAAUUGGGUCCCGACCAAGCUGGAAAUUCCCGUUCACGUUCCCGAAACCUUAUGCCUAGACAAGUAUGUGGGCACAGGGCGACAAGCCGGCGAAGAGGAUCUUGAUCUGGAUGCCAAUCCAGCCUCUGUGCCAGAGUUUGACCCUGUGGCGCUCUCACAGCUAGAAUCCAUGGGGUUCCCCUUGAUUCGUGCUCAGAAGGCCUUGCUCGCGACAGGCAACAGUGAUGCUGAAACUGCCAUGACGUGGCUCUUGGAGCAUAUGGAGGAUCCUGACAUCGACGCUCCUCUGCCUCAGUCUGGAGGAUCUGGAGCAGAGCCUUCUGCUGAGCAGAUUGCAUCAAUCGCUGAUAUGGGCUUCUCAGCUGCGCAAGCGAGAAAGGCGUUGCGGCAGACGGGUGGGAAUCCCGAACAAGCCAUUGAAUGGCUGUUCUCCAACCCCGACGAUCCGGGGGAGGAGUCUAUGGUGCACCCUCCUGAAGACGCAUCUGGAUCCGAGGCAAACGUCGGCGGCAGCACCAGACUGCCCGCAAACUAUCGCCUCAAAGCGUUCAUCUCGCACAAGGGUCCGUCAGUCCAUUCAGGUCAUUAUGUAGCGACGAUCAGGCAGCCACAAGCUGGACUGGGGGAUCAAGUAGAGGAUGAGUGGGUCUUGUUCAAUGAUGAAAAGGUCGUCAAGACUCCACCUAGAGGAGGGGAGGAUAUGAGAUCGUUGGCUUACUUGUAUGUGUACGAGCGGGUGUGAGCGUGUUGCUAGGGUACACUCGGAAACCAAGUGGGCAAGUAUUCAACAGUUCAGUCACAGUCGCACAUGCAUAUGAGCCA